GGUAUUGAGCAAACAAUACGUGUCUAAAAAAUUUAUCUGUCACACAUGAAAGCUAGAAAAUGGAAUCGAAAAAGCAAUUUAAAGAGGAAAGCAACAAUCUAAUAAAAAUUAACAAUGAAGACAGAUCUUCCAUCUCUAAUUUCGAAGACCAGUUUGAUUUCAACACACAAACCGAGAAUCUAUUGAAAGAAAACGUCGGUAACAAGGCCUUUGAGAAUAUCAAAAAUAUCUUUGAAAAAACUCAGACUAUUAAAAAAGUUGCUGACAUUAAACACCAAGAAAUACAGACACAGUUCAAGGAACUCAGGGAGAGAUUAAGCCAAAGCUCUGAAUGUCUUCAACGAAUGAAAAACGGAAUUGAAAACAUAAAAUUCUCCUACCAAUCGAAAAUCUACGAUAUGCAACAAUCCCUAACACCAGGCGACUUUUUUGAUCCCGAAAAAAACCCUCUGCAGACAAAGGAAGACAUGGCAAGACACAUGGAAGAAAUCAAGGACAAAAUCGAGAAAAUUCAAAAGCAAAUCAGUGCACACAAAGAAAAACAAGAAAAAGUUACCAAGAGUUACGUGGAGGCUUUCGAAAAUGUGUCUCAAACUUUAAAUUGUAUAGAUAACGGAACAUAUAGCUCAUGUAAUGUUGAAAAUGUAAAUAAAGAAUAGUAAUUUCGUUUCUAUACAGUACUUACCCGAAUAGGGACAUA